AUGGCUGAAAUCCCCAACGCACAAUCUCAGCUGAAGUAUAAUACAGUUAGUGUCUACAAAAAUCGCAAAUUCACCGAGCGGUCGAUUUCGAUAUUUAAAAACAGUCGCGGCCGCUAUGUCUUAGCCGUCGGGUCAACUGAAUUUGAUAUGAAACUGUCAGUAGUUACACGGCGUCUUGACGAAGAUCGCAUCGAAGACGACAUCGCCGCCUUAUGUUUUCGUGUGAUAUCCGAUCGUGUUUUUAUCGUGAAAUGUUCGAAUUUAGAGUCGCUCAACUUUUGGUUGUGUUCGAUGUUUAAUAAGACGGAGAUACAGGGUUUCUAUGGGAUUCCCCUUCGUGUUGCCAUUUCAAAGUCUCAAUGGCGCUUUCCUCUUCCUUUAUAUAGAUCUUUACAGUAUUUAGAAAACCACAAAGGCGAUGAAUUAGUUGGAGUUUUUCGUCUGUCUGCGGGUGCGCAAGAGAUGAAAGAAAUUCGGUCCAAAUUUGAUCUUGGCAAAGAUUAUGACCCCGAAGGGUUUACUGAUUGUGUGUUAGCCUCUUGUGUAGUGAAAGAUUAUUUACGCGCGUUACCGGAGCCUUUGAUACCAUUUGAUUUGUAUCAAGACUUCAUUGCAAUACCAACAAGAAAGGAUGGGAAAGCCUUUGUUGAGAAACUUCCUCUUGAGAAUCAUAACACCUUGUGGUAUUUCUUCUCCUUCCUUCGGCGCGUCAUCGAAAAAGAAAAAAUCAACAAGAUGAAUUCGUUCAACAUUGCAACGUGCAUAACAUUGGGGAUAUGUAAAAAGCCUAAUAACAUCGCUAUUUCCGACUUGGAACACCUCGACAAAUCACAGAGUGCCGUUGUCUUCCUUCUCGACAAUUUCGACGAGGCGUUUGGUGACAUUGAAAAGUUGAAUUUAAUUGAAGGGAUGUCGGUGCCGUCAUAUCCAAUUCAAAUGGGGAUUGAAGUCGCAAAGACUUCUAAAGUCAUUGAAAAGAUGAAGGAAGAAAAGAAGAGUUAUCGAAAGAGUUUAAAAAGUGGGCAGUUCAGUAAAAGCCCAGCUAUUCCAAUCUUCACUACGGAAAGCGCUCAAGACGACUCGAGCUCCGAUCGACAAAGUCUGGCUUGCAUGCCACAAAGUUUGUUAUCUCCGCGAACUACAACGAGUGCGCGUGAACUUUGGCCGCGACGAAGUUUAGACAGAAAAGGUGUCGACAUCAAUGAGAGUGAAAGUGAGACGGCAUCGACCGCCGCAAAAGAUGACACAAAGUCGUCGAAAAAUGGGUCUGACAAACGAAGUCUCGAUGAGAACAAAAAGCGGAUGAAGAUCUCCGUGAGCAUCACAAAGUCAUCGCCAUCGCUUGUGACACUGAAACGGACGGAGAAGACCACCGACUUGACGUGUGAAGAGCUGAAAAUGAUUAUUAAACAAAAGGAUAGAGAUAUCGAUGAACUGUUGGUCAGAGUGAGAGCUUUAGAAUGUAAAAUAGAACAACUAAGGAACGAUAAGACUGAUAGAAGUGAAAGAAGUGAUCGAUCGGAUAAAAGUAUAAGUGAGUCUAUUGAAUAA